AUGGAAAACUACACACAGCCCUCAACUGACUUCAUCCUCCUGGGCCUGUUCCCCCCAUCAAGGGCUGGCCUUCUCCUCUUCAGUCUCACCUUCCCCGUCUUCCUGAUGGCCCUGGCUGGCAACCUGUGUAUGGUCCUGCUCAUCCUCCUGGACGCCCACCUCCACACACCCAUGUACCUCCUGCUCAGCCAGCUCUCCCUCAUGGACCUCAUUUACGUCUGCACCACUGUGCCCAAGAUGGUGUCCGGGUUUCUAUCUGGGAACAAGUCCAUCUCCUUCAUUGGGUGUGGGUUCCAGAGCUUCUUCUUCCUUACUAUGGCAGGAUCAGAAGGGCUGAUCCUGAUGUCCAUGGCCUAUGACCGCUACGUGGCCAUCUGCUCUCCUCUGCACUACCCCAUCCGCAUGAGCAGGGGAGUGUGUGUGCUGAUGAUCCUGGGAUGCUGGGUGACAGGCGCUGUCAAUGCCUGUGCCCACACAGUAUACAUCCUCCGCAUCCCCUACUGCAGGUCCAGGGCCAUCGACCACUUCUUCUGUGACGUCCCGGCCAUGCUGACUCUGGCUUGCAGGACAGCCAGAGCCCAUGAGUACACAGUGUUUCUGAGCACCGUCUUCUUUCUCUUGUUCCCUUCCACAAUCAUUGUGUUCUCCUACGUGAAAGUUUUUCUCACCAUCUACCGCAUGCGCUCCCAGGAGGGCAGGAAAAAGGCCUAUGCCACCUGCAGCACCCACCUCACCGUGGUGACUUUCUACAUGGCACCGUUUGCCUACACUUACCUCCGUCCAAAGUCCCUCCGUUCUCCAGCAGAGGACAAGGUCCUGGCUGUCGUCUACACCAUCCUCACCCCGAUGCUCAACCCUGUGAUCUACAGCCUGAGGAACAAGGAGGUGCUGGGGGGCCUGCGGCGAGUGAGGCAGCGGAUCUGCUCCGACAGAGAGUAG